AUGUCUGCAAACGAGUCUCGACGUAGAGAUGGUCCGUCAUCCCAGCAAAAAGAUGACAUCCUAGCUACCUUGAUUCCAUUCGAGUAUCAAAAGUUGGACGAAGAAGUCGACUCAACCCGUUUCAUCCAGAUAGAGUCCGCCGAAAGCGAGAUCGCGCCGCUCGUCUGUAGCCUGACAAACAUUCCCUUUGGAGAGCUGCCCAAAUUCGAAGCACUCUCGUACAUGUGGGGAGACGAGAAGGACCAGAUAACAAUCAAGCUGAAUGACGGUCUUUUCAAUAUCCGGAGGAACCUGUUUGACGCCCUAGUGUAUCUUCGCGGUCGGCAGAAAACACGUCUUCUAUGGGUGGAUGCACUCUGUAUAGACCAGCACAAUCUCAAGGAGCGCACAAAGCAAGUCCAGAACAUGAGACACAUUUAUUUCAGAGCCGAAUCGGUCAUUGUUUGGCUGGGCCGCAAAUACUCGGAAUAUCAAACAGGUCUCACCGAAUUCGAGAUCUCGGAGAUUGUCAAUCCGACCAACAAAUCCAAACAGGGGUUGUCAAAAGAUGACGACGCUGAGGAAGAAACCGAGACGGCCAUUAGCAUAGCGGAGCGAGAAAUGGUCCGGCAGCUUGUCGCGGACGAAUACUGGAACAGAUUAUGGAUUAUCCAAGAGGUCGGGCAGAACGAAUCGAAGAGAGUCUGCUUUGGCCACUUGGAAGUGGGCUGGGACGACUUCAUCCAUUUCGUUACGAUGCACAACGGCACAGGGUGGCCUCUUCGCUUAGCAGAACAGCUUAGCCAGAAGUACGGAGAUGCACAUACCCUCAGAAGGCUGCUCAUCGACCACAAAGACGCUCAGUGCAAAGAGCCAAGAGACAAGAUCUACGGCCUGGUUGGUCUGGCCCUUGAUGCACGCGGAUUUCCACUCAACUACGAGAAGUCCCUCUUGGUGGUCUGGAAUGAUACCAUGGAGUUCAUGAAUAAGCGAGAACUUUUCCUUGACAACCAAGAGACCGACAUCGUCUACAUUGGUGGUCUUGUCAAGUCCCUCUUGAUGGGUCCGAAGUGCUCUCCAUUUCAACAAAUUUCACAACAGGCCGAGCCACAGACGGAUUUGCAAACCAUCGAAGAAUCAGAUGCAAGCAAAUCAUCAAACCCAAAGCCUAUGUACUUGGGUGUAUCUGGUACAUAG